GUGGGCGGGGUUGUUGCCGGAAGUAGCUGAGUGUGGAGUUGUAGUUACUUGGCACUCCCAGUGUGUAGCGGGCGGCCUGAGGGGGGGCCGGGCACCUCACCUCCAUAGACCGCUCUACUUCUUCCAGGUCCUCGGUGUAGUCCUGUGUGUGUGGUGGCCGCCCAGACUGGCAUAGCUCCGUGUCACACGCCCUGCCCCGACCCUCUUCUUACCCCUGAGGUGGAAGAGUGCACCCCUCAUCUGCAGUACUGCAUUCCUCCAUCAGGGGGCACCUCACACUCUGAGACUCAUCUACAGGUCUCUAUGACACACAGGCCUGUAAUCCCACUGUGAGAGCUGGUUAUUGCUGUUAAGGUUGGUCUCUUGGAGCAGUAUGGGGAACAGUGCAUUAAAAGCUCACAUAGAAACUGCACAGAAGACUGGUGUAUUCCAGCUGACUGACAAGGGAUUAGUUGAGUUCCCUGAAGAUCUACAGAGGCUGUCUGCCAACCUACGAACCAUCAACCUGUCCAGUAACAAGAUUGACGUUUUACCUCCAUGGAUGGGAAAGUUUGGUGUUCUCAAGAGCUUGUCCAUGAAUAAUAACAGGCUAGGCAAGCUCCCAGAUGAACUGUGUAGAUUGAAAAAACUGGAGACUUUGCAUCUAAGUGCUAACCAGAUCAGCCGCCUCCCCGCAGACUUUGGUCAGCUCUCUGCCUUGAAGACCCUCAACCUCUCUGGCAACCAACUUCGCGCUAUGCCACCCGAGCUCUGCAGCCUGCGGCAUCUGGAUGUGGUGGACCUAUCCAAAAAUAAGAUCCAGUCAAUUUCUGAUGAGGUGGCUGGAGUACAAGCCAUAGAGAUCAACUUGAACCAGAACCAGAUAUCCCUGAUCUCAGCCCAAGUUUCUCGGUGUCCACGUCUCAAGGUUUUGCGUCUAGAAGAGAACUGUUUGGAGCUCAGUAUGUUACCCCAUUGCAUACUCAGUGAUUCCCAGAUCUCCCUGUUGGCUGUGGAGGGAAACCUUUUUGAAAUAAAAAUGCUAAGAGACCUGGAAGGCUUUGACAAGUACAUGGAACGAUUCACAGCGACUCGGAAGAAGUUUGUGUGAUGGAACCACAUGCUAGACAGUUUGUACCAAGCUAGUAUGAAGUCACUCCUACCCUAUGUUCAGGGGGCCAGUGGUGGAUAACAAAGCCUGCUUCUGGCACUCACUGCUUAUAUCGCCUAGAGCAGACACAUGCUACAGCAAGCCUGGAGAGCUGGGGGUGUUACGAGGUCAAGAUUAGACUGUAAUUGUUGGAAGACGCACUGGUUUCAGUAAUACAUCCAAAGAACUCUUGUUUAUUUGUUGCAGAUAUCAAAUUUGACCAAUUUUUUUAAUUUAGCGACCAUUAUCCAGCUUUGACAACUGUACUAGUUCAUUAAUCUUUAUACAUUUGCUUACAAAUCAAAAUAUGUACAUCGCAGGUUAAAAUGAGUGACCCGAAAAUGAAAUAUUAUAUUGCCUUGGACUGGCUUAGGCUGUGCACAAGUAAGAGUGGUCAGUUAUUGGAAUAAAAUAAACCUGCGUGAAGGCUGCUACUGUUGACAUUUCUUGCGGAAGAUAUUAGUUCUAGAGUUUUCAUUCCAGUCUCACGCUUUUCAGAACUUUGCCAUUAAAGCGGAGCGCAAGUUUUCUUCAAAAAGCACUUCUGUGAUUCUCUUGAUUUGCACAAUAUAAACAAGAUACUAUUA